AUGUUCAAAAAAUUCUGUAUAAAAUGGCCGAAUGAUGUGAGGGGAAAUAUUGAAAAGAUCUUCGAAAGGAAAAGAAUGUUUCGCUCAAUUUUCUUCAUCUUUACCUUCAUUUUCUCUAUCAUCGCUCUUCAAAUAAAGCUCGAUUUGAAAGGUGUUCUCAAAGACGUUCUCAAUGAUCUAGAAACGCAGAACUUUGCAAAUUAUAUGGCAAAAUGGAAGAAAAACUAUAAUGGAAACGAGACCGAGCUGAAGAGAAGGGCCAACAUUUGGAAGCAAAAUAAAGCCGAUAUUGAUGCGGAAAACGCGAUAGCUGAUGGAUACACAUGUGGAGAGAAUAUGUUCACCGAUAUGGAUAAGAAAGAGAGAAAAAAUUAUGUGAUGGAUGCAAAUCUUGCCGAUCAAGCCGACGCGUCGAUCAAGAAAUUGGCAACGAGAGCGAAGAGGGGCGCACAAAUGACGUACGUUGGUGAAACAAUCGAUUGGCGUCAACCUGCCUACAUGCCACCAGUGAGAGAUCAAGGACAAUGCGGAAGUUGUUAUGCAUUUGCUGCUAUCAACGCGAUCGAGGUUCAAUGGAACUGGCUUGGACACAGUUUGUCUCAAUUUUCUGAACAGCAAAUCAUCGACUGCUCUGGGACAAACAAUGGUUGCAAUGGUGGAUGGCCGGAGAAAGUGUUCAACUAUUCCAUUUACUAUGGAAAUGCUCCUCGUGCUUCGUAUCCAUACAAAGGCGUCAAAGGAACGUGCUAUAAUACGGCAAGAACAAUGACGGUCAGCACUUGGUAUCAAUUGACAACUGUCUCACAAAUGGAAUCAUACAAUUAUUACUAUGGAGCAGUGGCUUUCAGUGGGUUA